AUGGAGUUCCGAGUGGCUCGUCGCCAUAAACACAGUGACCGCUCUUGGAACGCACACAGUUUCCACAGGGAGUUUGCCUAUUACAUCGAAUUUUACGCCGUCUGCAGAGAGCGCAAGAACUGUAUGAUGCCUUCGCUUCUUCCGUUCUUGGCCGGCCAUCCUUGGUUCGCUGUCGGGUUCGCUGUCGGGUUCGCUAUCGGGUUCGCUGUCGGGUUCGCUAUCGGGUUCGCUAUCGGGUUCGCUAUCGGGUUCGCUGUCGGGUUCGCUAUCGGGUUCGCUGUCGGGUUCGCUAUCGGGUUCGCUAUCGGGUUCGCUAUCGGGUUUGCUGUCUGCUCCUUGUCGCUCUACGUUCCAGUUUCUCAAAGAUUUGUCACCAGAUGCCCCUGGAGAGAAUUUCCCGAUAUUGCAAUUCCGAUGUACUCCUCCUAUUUGCAAAACCAAUGA